UAUACUCGUAAUAUGUGCCAGUGUAUAUGUACAUUAGUAAACACUUUACCCCUUCCAAUAAAAUGUCCCCCACUCCGCUGCCCGCGCGUCCACCCGUGACUUAUAUGUGUUUUCUCAUUUGAUCAGUGACUGGCGACGUGUUCGCGCGUGUCAUAAAACGUUAUUUUUGAUAUUUGUGUAACCUUGAACCCUUGAAUGCUAUUACCAUCGCAAAUACAAUUGUGGUAUAAAGUAUUAUUAUUUGUGCAGUGUUUUGCAAGGAAUCUUCUGGAUUUGGAUUGAUUGAUACCAUAAAUUAUAAGUCAUGUUUACUUCUGCUAGUCACACGUUAGAUUCAGCUUAUCAAAAUGAAUGCAGUGCUUCAAACCUCGAAUACUUUGAUCUGAAUAAGCCCGUAAAGGUGACCGUGAUUAUAGACGAUGACUUCGACAUAUCUCCUUCCAUACCUCAGGAUAACAACAAUAAUAGUAAAAAUAAAAAUACCAGGCCAAGAAAACGUGCCAGACCCAAAAAUAAAAAGCAGGAAAUAAUACAUACCAAACAAACGCUCGAAUGUACAGAAAAUCUGCAAACAAAAGAUAAUACCAACGAAAUAACAUCAACGCCUUUAUUCAUUAAUUUAGAACAUAACUCAGUGUCUAUAAAUAACUCUUUUAGUAAUUAUGUUCAUAAAGCAGCGGUUCAUCCAUUAGAUAUAAUUCUGUACGAUAUUUUGGAUAUUAUCAAAUUUUACUUUACCAAACGACCAUUUUGUCACAAUCAGAAUUAUUAUGAGAGCUUUAAAACAAUAAAGUUCAGCCAUUCAUAUGAAUAUGUCCUAAAGUACUUAAUACCAAUAGAACAUAAUGAUCCCGUAUUAAACAACUUUAUUAUGAGAAUCACGACAAUCGCAAAAGAUUACUCGUUUCCUAUUGUUUUUAACCAAAGUAGAUAUCUUUUACUUGAAAUGAUAAAAUGGUGUAAGGAUAAGAGCAUGACGCGUCCACCUCCUUAUAAUGUAUACCCAAUAUUCAUGGCAGAAAACCCUUCUUCUGUUUCUAACCAUAUAAACAUGAAUAAACUAAACCAAAUUGAAUCAGCUUUAAAUAAUGAAGAAGUUAGGAUUAAUGUAGAUCAGGAACUUCAUAAUUUAUGUAACAAUCCCAACAAAGACAUUUGUAAUGGAAGUCAAAACUCUGUCAACUCAACUCAGUCACUCAGUGAAAACUCAGAUAUAUUACCACAACAUGGAUCCGUGUUCCCAACAACAUUUAACCAGGAUACAAGAUGUGAUUCACACAGAUAUCCAACAGUACAGAGUCUUUUAAACUCCAAUGGCGAACGAAAUAUAUUUGAAAAUGACUCACUUGAGAAUCGCAAUAAUGACACAAUAUAUCGACCUGAAAUUGUAAUUCAAUUAGAUAUUAAUCAACAAGUAGAAGCAACUAGAUGUACAAUAUCUACAGACAGUGGUUUUACAAGUCCAUUAACGUUUAAUUUCUCAGAUGAAUUCACAGUGAUCAACAAAGAGCCGCAAACGGAAGUCAACCAUGAAGAUAUGAUGCCAAUUAUUGAAAAUGUGACAUCUCUUAAUACAACUGUCAAGCUAGGUGCUUGUAAUGUGUGCAAGAAGACUACCCACAAAAUGUGUAAAGGCUGUUACAAAAUUUUCUACUGCAGUAUUGAAUGCAUGAAAGCAGAGUGGCAACUUCACAAGUUUUUCUGCUGCCAACCCUCCGGCAAUUAAGUACUGAAGUGAAAAUAGAAAAAAAAGCGAGAGCACAAGCAGUUAUGAAACCAAUAUAUGUUAAUUACAUCCUGUUACAUUGUAUUGAAGUUGUUAAAUUUUCAAUAAAUAUUGUUUUUGAUAUGAUAUAAUUAUAAUGUGUAAAGAC